AUGGCUGACAUAUCUGGAAUCACCGCCGAUUCGCUGAAGAACAAGUUGACUGAACUGCUACAGGCGCAGCAUGUUGAGGUUGAGGAUCUAUCGGGUGGCUGUGGACAGGCAUUCCAGGCUGUGAUUGUUUCCCCUCAGUUCGAGAGCAAGACUAUGCUUGCGCGACACCGACUCGUCAACUCCGCGCUCAAGGCCGAGAUCGCUGCUAUUCAUGCUUGGACACCCAAGUGCUAUACCCCCGAGCAGUGGCAAGCUCUGCAGCAGUAG